CAGCCAAUCACUGUGUGCAUAGUUAGUAAGCAUGUUGACAUCAUCCAUAGCAACGAGGUCAACCCCACCCUUAUUCUUAGCUUAACACUUCUCUCUAUGCCUUAGUAAAAGUUGGUCUCAGCAGCUUUGCAAAUAGGUUUUAAGAGAAAACUCUUAGCUAAGAACUUUUACUGCUACUUAGGAGAACUCUUAGGGGUAAGAUAAAAUGUUUCAUAAAUACAUUAUCCUGGUGUCACUAAUAUCAGUUAAUUAUGUAUGAAGGGCAUAACUGUGACUUACCAGACUUAUUUAUCUGGCAUUAUAAUGCCUUCACACUUAAAAUGUGAGGUUCUUUAUUAGCAUCUAUGGUUACAUUAAGAACUUUUAACAUCCAUGGAACUUUUCCAUUGUACAAAAAGUUCUUUAUCGUGAAAAGAAGUUUCUUUAGAUUAUUCAAAUAUUGUUCAAAGAAAAAACAAUAUAAGAUCCCAAAAAUGGUUCUUGUAUUGCAUUGCUGUAAAUAUUGGGAAAAAUAAAUAAAAAAAGUUUGCUUGUGAAAAAGCCAACUAUUCAAUUAAAUCACUUUAAAUGCACACAGAUAUAAUGGUUUUUCUGUCACUCAUAUGUGCUUCUUUUGAAGCUCAUGUCAGUUCCCUCUUUUGAAAACUAGGUUUGUAACUAUAUUUUUACAUUUAAUUUUAUAUUAAUUUGUGAUCAUCCUUAAAAAAAGCUUUAUAGGCUAAAUGUAGAGACGUCAGUUGAGCGUGUUAAUCAGAAAGAGCAACAUUCACUCCACCCUAUUUAUGAAGUCUCCAGAGAAACCAAUGAUGAAUGUGUGACAUGUAAGAAACAUCCAGACCGGUCAUGGAAAGUAUGUUCAUAAAGCAUGAGAUUUUGAACAAUAGCAAAUGUUGCUAUAUGUUGUCUUUAACAUGAGAAGCUAUUGGUUUUUAACCUUUAGCCAUUCAGAUCAUACUACCUCUUUUAAAGACUUUGCUUAGGCCUUGAACUCCCACCAGUUCAAGGCUAGAUCUUCUAGAUAAUUCCUGACCAAUGGAAAACAGAAGAUUACUGAUUUUAUACAUUGAAGACAUAAUAUAAGCCAGAGUUUAUUAUUUAAAAAGUGAAAUAUGUUCAUAAAGCUAUGUUGUUGAAUAAAAAACACAUGCUGAAUAACAACAAAUAGACGUUACAAGUUUAGUGUUGGUGCCUGUGAAAACUACAUCUUCUAUAUGAUUCCUGCUUCCAAAGAAUGAAAACACAAAGUAAAGGUAAAGUGAAUCAUUUAUACUUCCGUCUUUUGUAUUGUUUUACUGCUAAUAACUCGACAUUGUGUUUACCAUGUGUUUAUCUCACAGGAGGAGUUUUGUGGCUUUAAUUUUGAAGGAAUUUGCUGUGAAAAUGAGGGUGUGACGUUCAGAAGUAGGAGGUGCGGGAAAACAUACAGAGAACUUGUCACUCUGGUAAUUCCUGUAGCUCAUCUGUAGUGUCAAAUGAAUCAUUUAAGGGUGUUUUGAGAGAGCGAAAUUCUUCAAGCUGUUCACUGAUAGACAACAAAUGGCAUUUGUGUUCAUAGUAGAUUUUGUUAAUUGAUCAGAUAGAUCACCAGGAACCAUGACUGGAUAAGAUUUUAGAUGAAAACAUCAUUAAUACAACAUAAUUUUAUACAUUAAAGCACAUCAGUUGAAGACAGGACAACAACAUGGGAGCUUCCGAGUCUCAACCUGAGAAAAGGAUUGUGCUUCUCGGGAAAACUGGAGAUGGUAAGAGCAGCGCUGGGAAUACGAUUCUCAAACAGCAAGUCUUCAAGAGUAAAGCUUCACCUGAGUCUGUGACGGCUGAAUGUGUCAGUGGAGAUCGGAAGGUCGAUGGCAAAAAGAUCACAGUUAUUGACACGCCUGGACUCUUUGACACAGGACUGGAUGAAGAGACCAUCAAAUCUGAGAUCAUUAGAUCCGUGAUCGAAAGCUCUCCGGGUCCAGACAUGUUCACCAUCGUCCUGAAGGUCGGGAGAUACACAGGACAAGAAAUGGAGAUUGUAGAUAAAAUCGUUGAGUAUUGUGGAGAAGAUACUUUUAAUCAUUCAGUGGUGUUAUUCACUCAUGGAGAACAGCUAGAAGGUCAAACCAUCGAGGAAUUUGUGAAGAUGAGUCCAAAGCUACAGGAGCUUGUUGAUAAAUGUGGAGGCCGCUGUCAUGUCAUCGACAGUAAAUACUGGAAAAAGCGGCAAAUGGGAUACAGGAGCAACAGGGUUCAGGUGAAAAAUCUGCUGGAGACCAUCGAGCAGAAGCUGAAGGACAAUAAGAACAGCUGCUACACCAAUGAACUGCUUCAGAUAGUGGAGGAAGAGAUUCAAGAGGAGAUGAAGAAUGUAAACGAGGUCAAUUUGUUGCCAGAAGAGAAACGAGAAGUAGUAAAAAAAAUUGUUCACAAAAGACUUCUCGUUCGGCUUGCGGGAGUGACCACAGGGACACUGACCGGUGCUUUUCUGGGUAUUGGUGUCGCAGUGGCGUCUGUUGUGACUUUACUGAAAGCCACCAAGGUUCCCGGAUUGGUAGAAGCAGGAACUGUAGCAGGAGCAGCUGGAGUCACGGGAAUUGCUGCAGGAGCAGCAGCAGUGAAGGCAGGGAUUGUUGCCGCAGGGGCUGGUGUUGGAUUAGCUGGUUCAGGUAUCGCUGCAGCUACAGGUGUCACUCUUGGAGUUGCAGCUCUUGCCGGAGCGAUCGGAGGAGGAAUUACUGGAUACAAAGCAGCAGAUGAAGGCGAUUCGGUGUGUGACGCAAUAAAGAACACAGCCAAACUCAACUAUGAGAAUGCCAAAGGUGCAGUGAAAAAGGCAAAGAAACAUCAACACAAACUGUUAAAAAAGGAGAACAACAGUACUGUCGAGGGAACAGAGCAGUUGUAGUGAUAUAUGUAUUACUCUUGAAUUUUAAGAUUAAAGAUUAUAUUGAAGAUUAGAUUGUUGUAUGUUCUUUAUUUUUUUUUUUUUAUCUAAAUAAUGCACGGUGGUUUUUAACUCUCUUCUCUUUAAUUAUAUGAACAUGCAGACAUAUUAUUUAUUAUGAAGUAUAUAUUUUUUGUUGCUGUGUUUAAUUAUAAUUCUAAUAAUAAAAUUAAUAAUAAUAAAAUAUUUUUCUCUUUUCUAUUUGUGAAGGUCUCGUUUUAUUCUUACAGUAUAAUCUUGGCCUGCAUGACAACGGCUGAAUCUCUCAUCACAUUUUAGUUAUUUUAAACUCUUCAUUUAUCUUUUUAUACAUGUUGCGGUCUAUCCAGCAGAUGGCGCUCGUGCAACUCGUACAUUAAAGGGUCAUGAAACCCCUCUGUUUUACCCUGGUCGUUCACAUCCUCUGAGUUUCAAAAAGUCUGUGAAAAUGGGCGUGUAAAGCUCUGGAAAAGUGGGAGUGUAGAGGGGUGGAAGAGGGGAGAGAACAACCAAUGAAGCACAGACAUACAACACACUCAUUAUACAGAAUAAUGAAUAUUAAUAUAUGAGCACGGAGAGAAUGACAACAAACUCCCAAGCACAAGGGAGAGAUGCGAAAGAAUAUUUAAUAGGGCUAAUAAUAGGCUACUUUGAUUAUGUUUACGAGCACUGCAGUCUCAAAAUCAGUCUGUUAGAAUAAUUGUGUCGUCGCGUUCAGAUAGGCUACACCAUUUUAUCAGUGUCCAGUUUGCACAUAUAAUUCAUUUGAAGAAGACUUGAUGACAUAUUUGUGCAUAACUACACUGUGCUGGUUAAUGUUUGGUGCAGGAGAAUGUGUGAAAUAAAAACUUUAAACACGGAUACUUUAUUCUGUAUUAGCUAUGUGUCACAUGGCUAGUGUUAUUAAACUCAUCGUGGAGCUCCACGCUGAAACCGAGCAUAUGCGCGCUCCGCCUGCAUAUCAU